GGGGCCGGGCUAACCAUGGCGGAGGGCGGGGAGAAGGAGGAGUUCUGCUUCACAGCGCUCUAUAUAAGUGGCCAGUGGCCCGGGCUGUGCGCUCGUACUGACCUUCAGCCAGUCUGUCCCAGCGCAAUGGCGCCUUCCAGGAAGUUCUUCGUUGGGGGCAACUGGAAGAUGAAUGGAGUGGUUUGUGCACCCCCCACCGCCUACAUCGACUUCGCCAGGCAGAAGCUAGAUCCCAAGAUUGCUGUGGCUGCGCAGAACUGCUACAAAGUGACCAAUGGGGCCUUCACUGGGGAGAUCAGCCCUGGCAUGAUCAAAGACUUAGGAGCCGCAUGGGUAGUGCUGGGGCACUCGGAGAGAAGGCAUGUCUUCGGGGAGUCCGAUGAGCUGAUUGGGCAGAAAGUAGCCCAUGCCCUAUCUGAGGGGCUCGGAGUGAUCGCCUGCAUUGGGGAGAAGUUAGAUGAAAGGGAAGCCGGUA